GCGGACCAAUUGAACUCAACCGGAUGAGAAUAAACAAACCGAUUCGGUUACGUCUUUCAGUUGCACUCAAUUUUCUACUUUGCGUUUGGGGGAUAAAAUUACAAACCAACUGCUUAUAUUAGUAAAUAUGGGUACGUAAGAAAACAUAACGAUGUUUGAAACUAUACAGAAAACUAUAUAAAAAUUACCUACGCGCGUAUUUUAACAAGAUUUACUUACAUUUGAAAAGGACAGGUUUUAAACAUUGAAUAGGUAGUAGGAACAUUUUUUCAGAAACUAUUAAAAUUUUCGGAUUUGUAGCAAUAAAAAUAGAAAUGACCCAAAUAAGACAGACAAGAGUUUGGCUUCCUCUCUGUGCGUUUCUGCGGUUAGCUGGAAUGUGCUAUGGACAAUUUCAAUUCCCCACGGAGAACCCUAAGCCGGUGUUUUUGGUUCACGGAAUAUUAGUCAGCGGAAAUAAUUUGGCCUACCUGGCAGCUAGGAUAAUACAGAAUAACCCGCGAACACUUGUAUUCAACACAUAUGCGUACUCGGGAUUAGCAAGCCUGACACCGCUCCAGCAGCAACUCGAUGGGACAUUGGGACAAGAAUUUAAGAAUUUUUCUGACGCUCAUCCUGAAGGAUUCCACUUAAUCGGACAUUCACAAGGGGCUUUGAUAUGUCGGACGCUGAUUCAGAAUUACCCUCAGCACAAUGUCCGCCACUUUAUCUCCAUUGCAGGACCCCAAGCAGGUCAAUACGGAAUCCCAACCAUCAUUCCACAACCGAUGCCAUUGGUCGAACUACCUCCUCUGCUGACCGUGGGGUCGGCCUUAUUCUACAACCCGAUCGCACAAAGGACCCUGUCGAUCGCCAAUUAUUGGCAUGACCCCUUCCAGGAUCAACUCUACCUGCGGCAGAAUACAUUCCUACCUUAUUAUGACAACAGGAUCCGCUCGGAGAGGAGCGAAUCCUACAAGGAGGCCUUCGUCAAGCUCAAACGCUUUGUAGCCAUUCAGGGGCCUGGAGAUGGAGUUAUUGACCCGUGGCAAUCUGGUGAUUUUUCGUUUUACAAUAGAUUGGGCACGGUGGAAAACUACACGCAAAGGGAAGUAUACACGGAGGACUUGUUCGGGUUGCGAACACUCGAUGAGGAUGGGAGAUUCAUCAAGUAUAUUCAAGAUGGCGUAGAACAUUUCGACUGGGUCUUCAAUAAUGAAGUGAUUGACAAAUACAUACUUCCUAAUCUAGAUUAAUGUCUUUUCUUUUUCAUGAAUGACUAAGAUGGAAUUGCUGAAAGCUAAUUUCAACCGCUGAAAAAGACCGCAUGAACGUGUUAAAAAACGAAUAAACUAACGGAACCAAAUUUUUUUAACGGAGAAAAAAUGUCAUUGACGGAUUUUGCCAAGUCGCGGAAUUUUUAUCAGUUCUUAUGGAGUUAAAAAAAAUAACACGUCUCAAAGCAUGGGUACUUUC